GUUGCUGGUUCCUGUGGACGCGUUGAUCUCACACAGCGCCAAGCGGCACAGCAGAGUGUGAGUGUAUCUGUAAAUCGCUCCCCAGUGCGCUCAGACCACAGAAGAUAGAACUCGGCAAACGGAGAGGCGCACACGUUUGGAGUGAAACGCAUUGAAAGGACUAAAGGCAAGGCGCUUCUCUGCAAAGCGCAUGACCGGCAGCAGGACGGAGGAUGCUGUCAAGCCGCUCCGUGGUGGUGGAGUGCGGGUAGUGCACACCGCGCUGCUCCGGGUUCGGGUCGCGUAAAAGGACGCUCCGAUUCUCCGGUGUCUGGGCUGGAGACCCCUGUUUGUGGACUUUUAUCACGCUGGACUUUUGGCUUCAUGCCUGAGCAGCAGUUUUUGGGAUUUUGAAGGACAUUUAUUCAAAGAGAGAUUUUUUUUUUCUCCUGAAAGCCACUGAGGUGGUUUUAACAAUACGGCUCCAAUUGGACUUUUCCUUGUUUCCAGAAUGGGACCUUAUGCUAAAAGUCGCUCUGGGACAUUUGACUUUGGACUGGAAUCAUGAAUUAGUAGACAGAAAUGGUCAUAUUCCCUGUUUUAACGCUCCAAGUCAUCCGCGCUCUCCUUUUAAAUUGCUGGUGAGGAUUUUAUUGUCCUGUUAAGCCUGGAGAAACGCGCACAGAAAAACUUUGAAAUAUAAUAUGUAACUCGUGCAGAGUUUUAUAUUUGUUUGCUUAAUGAGAGACAAAAAGAAGAGCAGUUAGUUGCAUAUCAACACAGAAGCAGGAACGCAGUUUACGUGCGUAAUUGGACACAGUCUUUUCCCCUCUCCUCUCUGCGUCCUUGGAUAAGUUGAAAAACAAAAACAGUUUAUCCACAACAAUGAGAACUUAUGUGGUGAGUUUUGACGUUUAAAUCAAUAGAUAACGCAGUUUAAUCACUUGUGUGAUAUAAAUAUUGUAUUCGUUUUUUGUAUAUCGUUUUUUCGCUUUUUUGCUUUUUUGUGCACAGACGGAAAAACAGACAGUGUGCCGAUGUCUGGCAAACUGGCCGUCAUGUGGGAUUGAUUGCAGGGGAGUAUGUUUGGGCUGGAGCAGUUUGGUUCUCAAAUUAAUAGCAGAAACCCUGGCCAGUCAGAGAGAAACAUAAACCAACCAAGGCUGAACAUGGGCUCUCAUUAUAAAAGCCCUGGUUUUCACGCUGGAGGCCCGCCGGGAGCCGUGGAGCCCGGCAUGGGCCCUCUGAGUGAGCCGCAAAUGCUCGGGCUCAAUAUGAAUAUGAACGGGGAGCAGUAUGGGGGCUUUCACCCGCGGGGCCACUCGGACAUGCAUGCAGGUGGAGGACUUCAGCAGCAGCAGCCGCAACAAGGACCCAUGCAUGGAUUUUUUAACAACCAGCAACCUCACCAAGGGCAUCCACAUGGCCAUCAGCCUCACCCCCACCAACCUCACCCUCAUUUCAGUGGGAAUUUUGGAGGCCCAGAGCCAGGCUCAUCAUGCCUGCAUGGUGGCAGGCUAAUGGGCUACAACAACAAUGGCAUGGGACCACAGCAGGGCUUUGGAGAAGGAUUUGAUCCGCUAGCAGAGGGACAGGGAGGGGAUGGCUUUCCCCAACAGCAGCAGCAGCGGCCUGGUAACAUGCCCGACUUUCAGCAUCAUGGGCCUCCAAGUGGCAGCCAUGCUGUGCCUGCUCCCUGUUUACCUCUGGACCAGUCACCUAACAGAGCAGCAUCCUUUCAUGGACUCCCUUCCUCCUCAUCCUCAUCCUCUGAGUCUCACGGUCUAGAGCCUCGGCGGAUGCCCAACCAGGGAGCUGUAGAGGGAUUAGAAUACAACUUCCCAAGUGAGCCUCCAUCUGGACAUUUUGACGUUCAUGUAUUUUCCCCGUCAGAAUCAGAAUCCCAGUUACCCCAUUUUGGGCCAGGAAGGCCGGUUCCUGGGGGGAAUUUCCCUGGGAACCCUGGUAUGCCACGGACUCCAGGUAUGCAGGGCAUCUCUAAGGGACACCAGCCACCUCCACCACCGCCUCAGCAGCCUCAGCAUGGAGUGUUUUUUGAGCGUUUUGGAAAUGGCCGGAAGGUGCCCGUGGGAAUGGAGCCGGGGGUCAACGCGAGACAUCCUCUCAUGCAGCAGCAACAACAGGCUGGCUUGAUAGCCAGACAGAACUCAUGUCCCCCUGGCCUCCCCAGACCCCCUCAGGCUGAGCCCGGCUCUACUAACCCUAACAUUCUGGACGGAGGGGUCAUGAUGCCUGGCCAACACAACCAGUUUGAAUAUCCCAUUCACAGACUGGAAAAUAGGGGGCUGAACCCCUAUGGGGACCCCAUGUUUAAUAUGCAACAGCCAGCUCCUCCUCCCUCCCAGCAGCCCCCAAACCAGAGGCUGCAACACUUUGAUUCUCCUUAUAUGAACAUGGCUAAAAGGCCCAGAUUUGACUUUCCCAAUGCACAUGGCAGUGAAGGCUGGUGUGGUGCGAUGGAUAACCACCUUUCUCCCUCUGCCUACCCAGGCCUUCCUGGGGAGUUCACCCCACCUGUGAGUGAAGGUUUCCCACCAGGUCCUCUGCAGCAUCCAGGGCCGGAGCAGCAGUCCCUGCAGCAGCGCCAGAAUGCAGCCAUGAUGAUCAAACAGAUGGCCUCUCGAAAUCAGCAGCAGAGGAUGAGGCAGCCCAGCCUGCAGCAGCUGGGUCACCAUGGCGAUGUUCCUCCUGGCCCAAUGGCUCAUGGAGGCCCUGUUGGAAACAUGCCUCAGCCCAACUUUGACAGGGAGAACAGUGGCAGAAUGCCUAACAUUGAUGGGCAGAAUCCUCAUGUAACUCAGGAGAACUCCUGGUUCCAAGGGUCCCACCCACCAGGGGAGAUGAUGUCACGACGUAUGGGUGGAGCAGGCAAUGAAUCCGGGCCUCAUGACAUGGGGCUGCAGCAAAAUGGGGCUGGGAUGAUGUUUAGGCCAGGCAUGGGAAUGCAAGAGCCCAUGAGAAUACCAGGAGAUGGUCAUGUCCAGGCUCUCCACUCCCCGGGCAUGCACUCACAGUUCAGCGGCAACAUGGGCAACCUCUCGCAGAUGCAGAGUCCAGGAGCGGGAGCGGGGCACCCGAAUCCACCAGCAGAGAGGCGGCCAGCUGACUUUCCUGCACCUCCAAUGGGAGCACAGCCACCAUUUCCUUAUGGAGGGGGUAACCGUCAAGGGCCCCCCCACAGUGCUCCCCAAGGGGUGAGCACCUCACCGGGGACAUACCCUCCUCAGUCUGAGUUCCCCUCAGGCCAGCGGUCGUCUGUUAGCAAGCUAGGAGCUCUGUCUCUUGGGAACUUUAACAAAACCAGCUCGAAAGACAGUGUUUUUGGCCAGAGCUGCCUGGCGGCCCUUUCCACGGCCUGCCAGAACAUGAUAGCUAGCCUAGGGGCCCCCAAUCUUAACGUAACAUUCAACAAGAAGAACCAAAAUGAGGGCAAGCGAAAACUGAGUCAGACAGAGCAGGACAUUAAUAGCAGCACAUCUAAUGGGACUGGCAGUGCUGGUCCUGAAUAUUUUCAGAGCAGCACUUCCCAGAACAGCCAGAUGCCUGGCACCGGGAAUAGCAACUCUAAGCCUGCAAGUCAAAGCCAGACGGUGCAGGGGGAAGCCAGUGCCCUCUCCCCAAAUUUCAACAUGGACGCUACCCCGUGCAGUGAGGGGAAAGCAACAACAGGGAGUGGGAGAGGGAGAGGGAGGAGAAAAAGAGACAGUGGACAUGUGAGCCCUGGAAUUUUUUUUUCCUCUGACAAUGGUAACCCUGUUGUAAGUCCAGGCCAGCAGACCCCUUCAGCUGGCGUUGGGGAGAGGGGUGGGGGCACGCCCCAUGAGAAACACCUCCAAUCACCCUCUUGGGGGAAAGGAGGUGACCUAAUGUUGGGGGACCAGGCUGAUCUGAUGUCGUCUUUGGACAGUGGCAUUCAAAGUGUUGCCAAGUCUGACAGCAGCUCACCUCGAGUCGACUUUCCUGACGAUGUCAGCACCCACUACGGCAAUGAGGACGAGGUGUCCUCCAGCUCUGAUGCAGGAGGGGCCUCCACCACAAAGCCUAACCGCAGCCCUAUGCUCACCGGCUCACCCAAAAUGCAGAGGGGUGACCACGGGUUGAUAAAUGGACAGAAGCCCCUCAGCAUGGGCAUCAACAAUCAUACUACCUCUACACCAGACAGCUACGGACUGAAUGCUGGUGGGGGCACAGGGGCAGGUGGAGUGAGCCACCCGGGCACUCCUGGGGUGGAGCAGGUACGCACUCCAUCCAGCACCUCUGGUCAGGAUGAAAUCCACCCUCUGGAGAUUCUGCAGGCCCAGAUCCAGCUGCAGCGGCAGCAGUUCAGUAUCUCUGAGGACCAGCCCCUGGCUAUGAAGAAUGGCAAGAAGAAUGGCGACUGUCCCUUGCAGAACGGAGACAAUGAACUGGCAGGCUGCAGCCCGGAUGCUGGGAAGGGCUCAAUGGGCACUAUUGACCUUGACACCCUGAUGGCGGAGCAGCACGCCACCUGGUACGUGCCCAGUGACAAGGCCAUGAUGGACGGGUCAGAGGAUGACAAGGCCAUGGGACCAUGGGAAAAAAAUAAGAGCCAAAACAACAGCAAAGAAGAAUCUGAGCUGACCCAGAGUAAGGCUGGAGCCGGGGCCCCAGGAACUGGAGGAGGAGGAGGAGGAGGAGGAGGAGGAGGAGGAGGAGGAGGAGGAGGGAGCAACGGAGGGAACCACCUGCAGUGCCUGUCCGUCCACUGCACAGACGAGCUGGGGGACAGUAAGGGCCGAGGGGGGCCCGUCUCAUCCUGGCGCUCGCUCCACUCUGAUAUCUCCAACCGGUUCGGGACAUUCGUGGCCGCACUGACUUGAACAAAAAAAAAAGCAGGACGAAGGAAACAAACUUGCGGAUGAGACGAAGAAAAAGCUUCAGAGACAAAUAACGAUGAUGAGGGUGAUAAGGAUGAAAAGGUGUCGCGAGCAGCUCCUGCCUGUUCGGGGACAGAAAGACAUUGACACUCAUAAAUGCAAACAUGACCAUACACACCUACUCACAUACACACAUGCACACAUGCUAAUACCAUGUCUUUUCUGAUACAUGCAGUCACACAUGAGGACUCUCUCAUACACACACACAGCUGGACUUUACAGCGUGGGCGCUACUCAACAAUGCCCACAUCUGGAAAACCUCAAAUCAAUACUUUUUGUUUUCUUUUAUUUUCUUUGUGGAAGAAAAAUAAAGAAAUGUCAAAGGUGGAGAACACAAAACGAGAAGAAGCGGAAGAAGAGAUAUUCUGUUGUCAGUGGCUCUGAUUGUAUACCAGUGUUGAGUCCCAUGACCUCAUAAUCAGCUCUCAAGCGUCCAUUUUUGACACCUGUACUGCUUGUUUUGCUCUAAAUUUACAAUCUCCUGAUAAAUGCAGUUACAGAUUUAUUUUGCCCCUUAUUCAAAUGUUACAGACUGUUUGGUGUGAACACACUGAGAGGCAGAAAUAGAGGAAGAAAGGGUGAACAUGCAUGAAUGUAACUCAAUCCUUUUUUAUGGAAACUCAGUAAAACCCUGUUUUUCAAGAAAAAUGUACUUUCAUCCCUCUAAUAAUUCAUAAUUUGGAGCAAUCCUCCAUUUUUUAUAUCACUGAGAACAACUUCCCCGAUUUUUUUUCUUCCAUCUUCUAUAUACCUCUCCUUUCCACCUUAUGUGCUCAACCACUUCUAUACAAUUCAGCCAAUGGGAACUGAAAUAACGUCGGUCAAGGGAUUGUUUAAUAAGGGAAUUGAGAAAAAAAGACUAUUGGUAUUGCACAUGUAUAAUAAGAGAAAAUUUGCUGUGUGUUAGGCAAUCUUGUAAUCUUUAAAUAAAGCUUCUGUUGAAUUUGAAUUUCUGAAACAAUAGAUGGAGGACUGUGACGGCAAUUUACGAACUGAUUUUAUGUUUUCUUUUUUGUUUUCUUUUUUUAAUAAUAUGUAAAGUGCAGUCGUCUGUUUUCCUGCAUAUUGUAUAUAUCUGUAUAUGUUUUAUUGAGUAACUAAAUAACAAUAAAUAUGACGUUAAAGGUG